AUUAUGAUCUCUAAUUGUUUUCAGUGGCACUGGUUGCUGAUUGAUUUACCUGACUUGAUGACUAACCUCAUCUCUCAGUCGUACCAAUCUCUUGAGUUUCUCUCCGUCUGUGGCUCUUGUAAGAUAAGAAGUAUCGCCACUGUACGUGACUUCAUCACCUCUCCUGGGGACCUGCCUUCAUCGUGGCAGCCACCUCCUUCUGUUCCUCCCUUGAAUAUUUAUGUGGUCAAUUCUAAUCUCUUUUCAUCAUCUGUACCUCAUGCUCCUCAAACUAAAAGUGAGGCUGCUUCAAUGCAUAUUGCUUUUGGUGAGAAGAUUGCCAUACCCAGUCAUGUGGCACGGACUCAACAAAGAAAAGUUGAGGCUUCUAAGCAACAGACACACUCACUACCCACAGGUUCUAAGGCUAACUCAAGAGCAGCUGCACUACGACCUGUCACCUUAAAACCAACGGACAAUAUUUGCAUAGACUCAACCGUAAAGGAAAAAGAACUUAAUUCACAAGCUAGUCAUUUUGCUUACGUGUCACCACCUCAUUCUACAGCAUCAUCGAAUAAGACCCACUCCAAUUCUCAAGAGACUGAUUCUCGGAAGACUCAGUCUCAUUCUCGAGAGGCUCAUUCUCAUUCUGAAGAGACUCAUUCCCAUUUUCAAGCACCUGAAAAAGUUUCACAUAUUCAGACUCCAACUGUUCAUUCUGGUACCAGAGAGCGUAAAUCUAUAAAUCUUGAAGAGGACUUCCUCUCACUGUCUGCCAUCAAUGGAGGCUCACCAAGAAGAGAUCUUCUUGCUAAUAACGAA